ACAAGGUCGCCAAGGACGUCUACAACCCAAGGCGCCGAUACGGCAGCGACCUCGAUAGAAAUCGACAACACCAAGCCCGCCGACUUUGAGGGCGAAAUCUCCACCAACAACGACCUGCCAACGCCCCAGAUUCUGAAGAAGAUCGAGAACUACGUAGUGCUAGACCGUCAUGGAAAGAGCCAUACAUUCAAGAGCUUAUAUACUGGUCGCAAUGUCGCGAGACGAGUCCUCGUCAUUUUCAUCCGCCACUUCUUCUGCGGCAACUGUCAGGAAUUUCUGCGAUCUCUGUCCGAAUCGAUAACCCCAGACGCCCUGCUGGGUCUUCCCAUGAGCACAUUCAUCACCGUCGUCGGCUGCGGCAACCCUGGCCUGAUUGAAAUGUACCUCCAGGAGACGGGCUGCCCCUUCCCCGUCUAUACCGAUCCCACGCGACGUCUCUUCGACACCUUGGGCAUGACGCGCACCCUUGCGCUAGGAGCUCGACCGGCCUACAUGCGCAAAUCCAUGCUCAAAUCAGCCGCCGAGAGCGUGUUCCAGGGGUUGAAGCAGGUCAAGAGUGGUCUGGCCACAAAAUCAGGCGACCACAGACAAGUUGGCGGCGAGUUCCUCUUCGAACCACUCGAGCUCGUCACGCCCGUCUCAACACCGUACGCCGAGCGGCAGAUCGAGGAAGCCAUGACGUCGAAGAAGAAUAGCAUCGACAACAAGGAGGGCAUCGACGGAGAGGGCAGCGAUGAUUUUGAGCCGGAGGAGAAGAGAGUGACGUGGUGCCACCGCAUGCGCUCCACACGGGACCACGCCGAAAUACCCGAGUUGAUGGAGAUUCUCGGACUCAACGGGUCCGGAAAGCCUCCCGCUCACGAGAAUAAAAGGUGGUCCAGAGCGCUGGAGACGAGGAAGGGGACUGGACUGAGCAUGGCUAGCCAGAUGAGCAAGCUGAGUGAACAG